GGCAUCGCCAUAGUCCUCAUCGCCAUCCUCAUCUUCUUCAUUUUGCGAAGGAUCAAACUUCGAAACCUAGAAGCUCAGGAGGCACCGAAAUACCGUUUUCGCAAAAGGGACAAAGUCAUGUUCUAUGGACGAAAGAUCAUGCGUAAAGUAUCCCAGUCUACCUCUUCCCUGGUGGGUACGUCAUCCUCCUCUCGUCCACGCCUAAAGAAGAAGCAGAAGAUGCUUAACAUUGCCAAAAAAAUCCUGCGCUUUAAGAAGGAGGUGCCCACCCUUCAGGCAAAGGAGCCCCCUCCCUCAGUGCUUGAGGCAGACCUCACCGAAUUUGAUGUGGCCAACUCCCACCUCCCCUCUGAGGUGCUCUACAUGCUCAAAAAUGUCCGUGUGCUGGGUCACUUUGAGAAGCCCCUCUUCCUGGAGCUGUGCAAACACAUGGUGUUUCUGCAGUUCCAACAAGGGGAGUACGUCUUCAGGCCGGGCCAACCUGACAGCAGCAUCUAUGUGGUUCAGGAUGGAAAAUUAGAACUGUGCCUUACUGAAACGGAUGGCAAAGAAAGUGUGGUGAAGGAGGUUUACCCAGGAGACAGUGUGCACAGCCUCCUCAGCAUCCUGGAUGUCAUCACAGGCCACCAGAGGCCUUACAGAACGGUGUCGGCACGGGCUGCAGAGGUUUCCACUGUUCUCCGUUUACCUGUAGAGGCCUUCCUUUCUAUAUUUGAGAAGUACCCUGAGAGCCUGGUGCGAGUAGUACAGAUUAUCAUGGUUCGUCUACAAAGGGUAACAGUCCUAGCCCUGCAUAAUUAUCUGGGGCUCACCAAUGAGCUCUUCAGUCAUGAAAUGCAACCCUCACGCGUGCCACCUCAGUCACCGCACCCUACUCGCACUAGUCCCAUCCGCCACGGCAAGCGGUUUGGCAGCCUGACGGUGCCCGAGGAGUAUCGGGAAGCUGCCGUUAAGGGUGAAGUUACAGGAGAACAGGGGAAGGAUGGAGCAACGGUUCCAACUCUCAGCAGGACCAUCUCCAUGCCUGUAGACAUAUCUGGUAUGCAGAAAAGUGUGAAGUCAGAUUUUGACAUGGCGUAUGAACGGGGACGGAUCUCUGCCUCUGCGGAGGACGGCAACACUCCCCCCACCUUUCCUCGGGACCAGCGGGAGAGGAAGGUGACAGUAGAUGAAGUUCCCUCAGGUAUCUACCUGUAUCCAGAGGAAGAGCUGGGAGCGGACAGUAUUUUUACACCUGUAUCCAGUCGGUAUAGUACCUCUCUGUUUGAGGAAGCUCAGAAAGAGAUUCUCAAACUCAUGAGGAUUGAGGACCCGUCCUUGUUAAAUGACAGGGUGACUCUGCGCUAUGCCAAAGCUGGAGCCGUCUUAGCCAGACAGGGAGACCAGGACGUGAGUCUGCACUUUGUCCUGUCUGGUUGUCUGCAUGUCUACCAGCGCAUGAUCAACAAACAGGAGGAAGUCUGCCUGUUUGUGAUCCACCCGGGGGAGAUGGUGGGCCAGCUCGCUGUACUCACAGGAGAGCCCCUCAUCUUCACCAUCAAGGCUGUCCGAGACUGUACUUACCUCAAGAUCUCAAAGUCGGAUUUUUAUGAGAUCAUGAGGGAGCAGCCCAGUGUAGUGCUGAGCGCGGCCCACACCGUAGCCAUCCGCAUGUCCCCUUUUGUCAGGCAGAUGGACUUUGCUAUAGACUGGAUAGCUGUUGAGGCUGGCAGAGCACUCUACAGACAAGAAGACCAGUCAGACUGCACCUACAUCAUUUUAAAUGGUCGUCUGCGCUCAGUCAUCCGCAAGGCAAAUGGCAAGAAAGAACUAGUUGGGGAAUAUGGCAGAGGAGACCUCAUUGGAGUGGUGGAGGCCUUGACCAAACAGCCAAGAGCCACCACUGUCCAUGCUGUGAGAGACACCGAGCUGGUGAAACUACCUGAAGGAACACUCAACAACAUCAAAAGACGGUAUCCCCAGGUGGUGACAAGGUUGAUCCACUUGUUAGGCCAAAAGAUUCUGGGUAACCUGCAGCAGGGUCGUGGGCCGUUCUCAGGUUCAGCCCUGAGUCUUCCCAGUGUGACGACUAGCGCUGAUGUAACCAACCCUGCCAGCAACCUCUCUACGGUGGCUGUGCUGCCCAUAUGUGAUGAAGUGCCGAUCAACGCGUUCAACCUGGAGCUCAGCCAUGCCCUCAGUGCCAUUGGGCCCACGCUGCUCUUAACUAGUGACAUCAUCCGAGAGCGACUGGGUGCUUCUGCUUUGGACAGUAUCCAUGAGUACCGUCUGUCUGGCUGGCUAGCCCAGCAGGAGGACAUCAAUCGGAUUGUCCUAUACCAGACUGACAACAACAUGACCCCGUGGACUCAGCGCUGCAUCCGCCAGGCUGACUGCAUCCUCAUUGUUGGCCUCGGGGACCAGGAGCCUACUCUGGGGCAGCUGGAGCAGAUGCUAGAGAACACAGCGGUACGGGCUCUGAAGCAGCUGGUCCUUCUACACAGAGAAGACGGGCCAGACCCCUCCAGGACAGUUGAGUGGCUCAACAUGCGUAGCUGGUGUUCCGGGCAUCUGCACCUCAAGUGUCCCCGCAGGGUCUUCUCCAGACGCAGCCCCACUAAACUGAGGGAGGUAUAUGAGAAGGUGUUUGAGAAAACAGCAGACAGGCACAGUGAUUUUUCUCGGCUGGCCCGAGUCCUGACUGGAAAUAGCAUCGCUCUGGUGCUGGGAGGAGGCGGAGCCAGAGGCUGCUCUCAUGUGGGUGUCAUCAAAGCUAUGGAGGAAGCAGGGAUUCCAAUUGACAUAGUGGGUGGGACCUCAAUAGGUUCAUUCAUUGGUGCACUCUACGCUGAGGAGAGGAGCGCUGUCAGAACCAAACAGAGAGCCAGGGAGUGGGCCAAGGCCAUGAACUCGGUAUUUAAAACAGUCCUGGACCUUACCUAUCCUGUCACCUCCAUGUUCUCUGGCUCCGCCUUCAACACCAACAUCUACAAGGUGUUCCAGGACAAGCAAGCUGAGGACCUGUGGCUGCCAUAUUUCAACGUGACCACUGACAUCACGGCCUCAGCCAUGCGUGUUCACCAGGACGGUUGCGUCUGGCGCUAUGUUAGAGCCAGUGCCUCCUACACCCCCUAUUUACCUCCCCUGUGCGACCCCAAGGAUGGCCACUUGCUUGUGGAUGGUUGCUAUGUUAACAAUGUCCCAGGCUCUCUGUGGCGCUAUGUGCGGGCGAGCAUGACCCUCUCAGGGUACCUGCCGCCUCUCUGUGACCCCAAAGAUGGCAACUUGCUAAUGGACGGUGGCUACAUCAACAACCUGCCAGCGGACAUCGCGAGGAACAUGGGUGCCAGAACAGUCAUUGCCAUUGAUGUGGGAAGCCAAGAUGAGACUGACCUCUGUAACUAUGGCGACUGCCUGUCUGGUUGGUGGUUGCUGUGGAAACGGCUCAAUCCUUGGGCAGAGAAAGUAAAGGUGCCAGACAUGGCAGAGAUCCAGUCUCGGUUGGCCUAUGUGUCUUGUGUGCGACAGUUAGAGCUGGUGAAGAAGAGUGCCUACUGCGAGUACAUCAGACCGCCCAUUGACCGCUUCAAGACCAUGGACUUCGGCAAGUUCGACGAGAUCUAUGAUGUGGGGUACCAGCACGGCAAGUUGUUGUUCACAGGCUGGGCCCGCGGUGACAUCAUUAAGAACAUGCUGAAGGACCACCGUUCGGCCAACUACAACGACAGCAAGAGGACUGACUCCUGCACAUGUCCGGCUGCUCACUUCACUGACCUCGCAGAGAUUGUAUCCAGGAUAGAGCCCGUCCACAGUUAUGUAGCUACAGAAGCGGAGGAGUCAGACUGCCUGACAGAGUACGAGGAAGAUGGGAUGGAUACGGUGAGAGAGGAGGGGGAAGAAGAGGAGGAUGAGGCAGAGGACCCCGAGGACCACUCCCCUGGAGAGUGGGGACAAAAUGGAGUCUUUCAGACUGAUGAGGAGAAAUCUGUGAGACAACGCAGGAAACUCACCAGUGACUCCAACACCUCUGAAGUCUCCGACUCCUGACCGAGGGCCACGGUGGAGUGGAAGGACAAGAACAAGGGUCCGUAAAUUGUGAACGUCGCACUCGGCUCCCGCAGCUUCUGAAACACUGGAAUACUGUUUUUGUUUUUCUGAAAGGGGAUCGCGGUUCAUCCUAUAAACUGCUGAGCCUUUUCUACAUCAGGCGGCUUCCUUCUCGCUCUCCUACCCACUGAUUAUUUAAACAUCAAUCUAACCCAUUGCCAGAGUCUCUGCCUGCCAAUUGCAAAUCCUGCCAAAACCGGGACUCCCCCACUACAACACAAAAAAACAGGGACACUUUAAACUUCUCAUUCACCAAAUUAAAUCACCUGGAUCUCUGAAUGUUGAAGUAUGUCUCUAAUGUUGGUACAGCUUCAUUACAAUUCAUCGUUGAUGUUUUGCCUUAUUACAAGCUUCAUUCAUUUCUUGUGUGCACAUGUUCAGAUGAGUGUGUUAGGAUGACCGGUGCAUACUGUAUGUGCAAAGGUAUGGUUUGUUUGAAAUAGUAGCAGGACACUGCAAAGAGGACAAACUAAUAUAUACAGUAGAACUGUAGGUACAGAGACCUGUGUUAGGUUUAGCAUAGAUGUCAAGUAGGGAGCAUGAUCAGGGAAGUUCCAGGAGGAAUGGAUGAUCAUGUGAACAUAGAUUAUUAUUUUUUUUAAUUUAUUUUUUGAAUGAACAGAGGCUGGACCAAUGUUUGAAGCAGGAGUGUUAUGGGUUAUUUUUAAAGAAACAGACAUGGUAAAGAAGUAAGUGUAGACAAGAAAAGAAAUGGGCAAGUGAGCAAUGUGUUAUUUUAGUUUAUUUGAAAUUCACGCGCAGUAGAGUAAUGUGAGCGUCAUAAGAAGGCAAGGCUUCUCUCCUUCCCCUGUAGGUGGACUACAGUGAAGAGAGGAUGCAGAGAAAGUCUAAUGGAAGUUUGGAACAAAUGAGCUUUCAGUGAACGGUGACAUGGUGUCUGCAUACUUGAAAUUUUCUGUUCCAGCUGUUUUGUUGGAAACGAUGCCAGAUAAAGAUGACGCCUUUAUGACCAGCCCUCGACCCACACACAGCGAGCAGCGGCUGUGGAGAAGAGGGUGAUCAUUGGACUAACUACACAACAGACCCAUGUGUGGCCACUUCUGCUUGUGAGGUCACUCAUGCACUACUCAUUAACAGUUAGUUGAUACUGACUGCCUGUAGAAACUGUAACAAGAUUAUAAUAUACAUGAAGUUGAUAGGCAUAUGUGUAUAUGAGGUGGAAAUCUGUAAAUUCAUGCUUCGCUGCAAAACAGACU